GCCUGUCAAAUCUUUGACUGAAAGGUGGACUUCGGGAGUGGCUUCAGUUCUGAGUUAGCAGGGUAUCCAGUGACCAUUGUCUGAGGAGUUCCACCAGUCUCUGUCAAGACACUUGGCCUUUCCGGGACUCUGCAUAUUUCAGGACUCUGAACACCACCAGAAGUAGGAAGAAAAAUGAGCACGUUCAUGAAAUUGGUGACAUUUAAGGAUGUGGCUGUGUUCUUCACUGAGGAAGAGCUGAGGCUGCUGAAUUCCUUCCAGAGGAAGCUGUACCGAGAUGUGAUGGUUGAGAACUUCAGGAACCUGAUCUCAUUGGGAGGCAAGAUCCCAAAGGAGAUGGAGACUGCUUCACAAGCAGGGCAACAGGAGGAGCUUUCCUGCUGGAACAUCUGGCAGCAAAUUGCAAGUGACUUAACCAGGUAUCAAGACUCCAUGAUAAACAGUUCUCAGUUCCACAGACAGGAUGAUUCCACCUGCCAGGUUGGGGCAGGACUAUCUAGUAUUCACAAAUCACAGAAACCUUAUCAGUGUAAUAAGUGUACAAAAACCUUCAGUGAUGCCUCCAGCUUUGAUCUUCAUCAGCAAAUACACUCAAAAGAGACGUCUCACACAUGUUCUCAGUGUGGAAAAAGCUUCCGUUAUAGCUCAGGUCUUCGUAAUCAUCAUAGAGUUCACAUGGGAGAAAACCGCUAUAAGUGUGAUGAGUGUGGGAAGGAAUUUAGUCAGAAUUCACAUCUGCAAACUCAUCAGAAAAUCCACACUGUAGAGAAACCGCACAAAUGUGAGGAAUGUGGGAAAGGCUUCAGUCGUAAAUCAGCACUUACUGUACAUUGCAAAGUCCACACAGGAGAGAAACCUUACAAUUGUGAAGAAUGUGGGAGGGCUUUCAUUCAUGCUUCGCAUCUUCAGGAACAUCAAAGAAUCCACACUGGGGAGAAACCGUUCAAAUGUGAUAUAUGUGGUAAGAAUUUCCGUCGUAGAUCAGCACUUAAUACUCAUUGCAUGGUCCAUACAGGAGAGAAACCGUACAAAUGUGAGGAGUGUGGGAAAGGCUUCACUUGUAGCUCAAAUCUUUAUAUUCAUCAGAGGGUUCACACUGGAGAGAAACCCUAUAAGUGUGAGGAAUGUGGCAAGAGCUUCAUUCAGCCUUCACAAUUUCAAGCCCAUCAGAGAAUCCACACUGGAGAGAAACCAUAUAUAUGUAAGAUAUGUGGGAAGGGCUUCAUUUACAGUUCAAGUUUUCAAGCCCAUCAAGGCGUCCACACUGGAGAGAAGCCAUACAGAUGUGAGGAGUGUGGGAAGAACUUCAGGAUGAAAAUUCAUUAUCAAGUUCAUUUGGUAGUCCACACAGGAGAAAAACCCUAUAAAUGUGAUGUGUGUGGGAAGGGUUUCCGUCAGCGUUCGUAUCUUAAAAUCCAUCAGAAGGCCCACAGUGUAGAGAAACCUUAUAAGUGUGAGGAGUGUGGGCAAGGCUUCAAUCAGAGUGCACGCCUUCAAGUUCACCAGCUGAUCCAUACUGGUGAGAAACCGUACAAAUGUGAAGAGUGUGGGAAAGGCUUCAGUCGCAGAGCAGAUCUUAGAAUUCAUUGUAGAAUUCACACAGGAGAGAAACCCUAUAAUUGUGAAGAGUGUGGGAAGGGCUUCAGUCAGGCAUCACAUCUUCUGACCCAUCAGAGGAUCCACAGUGGAGAAAAACCAUUCAGAUGUAAAGAGUGUGGGAAGAACUUCAGUCGGAGUUCACACCUUGAAGCCCAUCAAAAAGUACAUAAUGGAGAAAAGCCAUAUAAAUGUGGAGAGUGUGGGAAGGGCUUCAAGUGGAGCUUGAAUCUUGACAUGCAUCAGAGGGUCCACACAGGAGAGAAACCAUAUAAGUGUGGGGAGUGUGGUAAGUACUUCAGUCAGGCCUCCAGUCUUCAACUUCAUCAGAGUGUCCACACUGGGGAGAAGCCAUACAAAUGUGAUACAUGUGAUAAAGUCUUCAGUCGAUCUUCACAACUUCAGUAUCAUCAGCGAGUUCACACAGGAGAGAAACCUUACAAAUGUCAGAUAUGUAGUAAGAGCUUCAGUUGGAGAUCAAAUCUUGUAAGUCAUCACAAAAUCCAUGCUGGUGAUAAAUUUUCUGAAAGUGAUAAUGGUAAGAACAUUAAAAAAGCCUCACAGGAAAGAAGUUCCACAAAGUGAUGUUUUCUAAGAAUCUAGUUUGCAACUUGAAUUCUUGUAGUCAUCAUGUCUCAGGAGAGAAAACGUGUUUUAUUUAUGUCUCGUUUCAGCAUAGCACAACAUACCCAGUGGUCAGCACAGUGGAGAACCCUUGAAAGUGGUGCAGGAAGGGCUUCAGAACCUUGGUGUUUAUCAUGUAUCACUCAAGAGAUAGGCCUUGGAAAGAAUAAGAGUUUGAUCUGGCCUUUAACAAAAAUAUAACAAUGGGCAUGCCAAAAUUGAUAUCGACUGGAAUGUAAGCUCCAUGAUGACAGGAAUAUUGCCGCAGAAUUAGUAACAACCUGAGUGUUGACUGCAUUUUAUAGGUGUGCUCAAUACUUGUUAAAUGAAUCAAAAAGAGAAAAUGUAGAAUAUUUGAAAUUUUUUAUCCAGAAGAUGAAACCCACAAAAGUGAAUUUUCAAAGAAAUAAACAUUAGUUUAAAUGUGGAAAACCACUCAGUACUGUAGUCUCCAAUAUUAACAGGAUAUUAACCUAUUGCAGUUGACUCCUGUCCUCCCCACAGCCUCUGUUCUCAACUUGGAUCUUAUUAUUUGGGGAUCUGUCUACUGUUCUAUCAGUUGUAGCAGUACAAAUUGCACUGUCUUUUGUGAUUUUUCUGACAGUGUAGACUGAAAAAGUUUGUUAACUUUGCUACAGUUCACUGCAUAUUAAACAGUUGAGUUGGUUUUUGAUGUUCUUAUGACAAGGAUUUACCAUAACACUUUGAAAGUGUCAGGAAUAGUCACCAUUGACCAAAAAAUGUUUUAGUCAACUUUGAAUUGAUCGUCAAUACCUGGUUUUCUGCAUUUCAACCCAGGUUUUGAUACGGUUGCCUUCUAAUUGCUGUAGCAUUAUUAUUUCUUUUUUUACCAAAACUUUUCAGGUAGAGGCUAUGCCAUAUUUGAAAGACGUUAAUACUGGCAAGUUCUCAACCACAUGUUCUUCCCACAAACUCAUAAACACCAAAAAAAAAAGAAUUUGAUAAUUGUAUCAAAUAUAUUCAUUAUUGGGACAGAACUGACAUUUAUACUUUUCUCUAUUGGCAGUAAUAUAUGGUGUUUUGCACAGAGUAUAUUUAAGAUGUAUAACAUGCUUUUCUUUAAUUUGAAAGUCAUGAUUAUGAUAUUAAAAUACAAAAAAAUGAUUAGCACAUCAGUGAUGUCACUGAAAUUUUUCAAACGGAAGUAACAAGUGUUCAUUCACAGGAAUUUGAGUUUUGAUAUAUUCUUGUAAUAGGGUGAAGCCAUUAAAAUGAUGGCAUAGACAUGUACAGGGUAAGGAUAUAUAGAGUUUUGGAAAAUCAUGCAUUAUAGCUUUCAUACUAUCAAACUCAAAUGUGUGUGUGUAUGUGCAUAUACAUAAGAUAAUUUUUAAGGGGGCCCUCUGUGGUUUUCUCUGGCAACAAGCAUUUUGUGAGAUUUUAUUAUUUCAUAAAUUGUUUUAAAUUUUCAAUGAACAUUGAUACUACCAAAUCACUAAGUCAUGUAGAACAGAAUUUGAGAAAGUGUUAAUAUUAAUCCUUUAUAUUUAGGAUACAUAAUAUGAUUGCGGUAUAUUAUAUAGCAUCUAAAAUAAAAAUAAGACCCCAGAAAUCACUUUUAAAAAAACAAAAGUUCUCUGAUUGUUUGAAUGCAUAGCUAAAUUAAUCAGUGUGAGCACCUAUAUGUUUAUAGUUAAUACCUGUGACACUUCUUUAAUCAUAAAUCCGUAACAGGGAGAGGGCAAAUCCUGGAGAUAAGAACAAAGUGGGUACAUACGUGUUGUGGAAGUAAAAAAAAAAAAAAGAUUCCCUAAAGAAAAGAUGCAUUUAGGGAGGCAAUAUAGCAUGACAGUAGUGGACCCUCUCAGACUGUGGAACCAGUAGGGACAAAGCAGGUUUAGGUGCCAUUCCAUACUCCUUAGACACUACAGUGAUGUUUAAAAUGUAUUUGGUUAAAGGAUGUACUCAGUGUCUUGGUUACCUACUGCUGCUGUAACAAAUACCACAAGUGAGUAUGUCUAAAGGACACAUUUAUUUUCUCAGUUUUGGAGGCAAAAUGUUGAAAUUCAGGGUGUGGUUCUAGGAAGAGGUUCUGCCUUGUCUAUUUAGUUCCCAGUUAUUCAGUCAAACACAAAUCUAGGUGUUACUCUGAAAUAUUUUAUUGAUUAGAGUACAUAAUCAGUUGAGUUUAAAUCAAGGAGAUUAUCCUAGAUACUCUGGGUGUACCUGAUUCAAUCAGUUAAAAGGCAUUGAGAGCACAGUUGAGGCUUUUCUGAAGAUAGGAGCUCAUGUCUGAGAGUCAAGCUGGCCUUCACGAUCACUGCUCUGUGUGUUUUGAGUCAGCCCUGACAAUCAGGUACGCCAGUUCCUUGCAAUAAAUCUGAAUAUAUACCUCUUACUGGUUCUCUUUCUCUGCUUGAACACUAACUGAUAUUUUGGUACCAUAAGUAGAUUUAGAGGAACAGGAUUUUAAGGGUAAGUUUUCUGAUUUUUUUUUCCAUUUGUACAUUUGCCGAAUGUAUGAUAAAUUGAGUAAUAUAUCAAUGGGUGGAACCAAGAGAUUAUAGUGUAUAAAUGCAGUCAAUUUUGGUAGAUAUUUGGAAGUAGUAUUUCCAAGUAGUUAUACCAAUUUAAAAUGAAUAAAGCUGCCCUUGGAAGCAAGGAUGACGAGUCUAUGUUUCACAUACCUUCGACAUGUUAUCAGGAGGGAUCUGUCCCUGGAGUGGGAUAUCAUGCUUGGUAGAGGGUCAACAAAAAAGAGGAAGACCCCCAACAAGAUUGACACAGUGUCUGCAACGAUGGGCUCAAGCAUAACAAUUGUGAGGCUGGAGCAGAACUGGGCAGCGUUUGGCUCUGUUGUACAUAGUCUCACUGUGAGUCAGAACACACCCCCCAACUCAAUGGCACCUAAUAACUAACAACAUACUAAUUUAUUUUCCCACCAGUGGUAUGCAAGUAUUGGUGUCUUUACUUUUUUUUUUCAGUUUUUUAAAUUUUAGCCUUCUGGUCAGAAUGCAGUGUAUCGAAUACUAAUUUGCAUUUUUUUUGUACCUAAUUGAGUUCAGUAUCUUCACUGAUUAUUGGCUAUUUUAACUUCCUCUUUUCUGAAAUGUUUACAUUGUGCCCAUAUUUGUGUUGUGUUGCCUGUCUUUUUCUUAAUGAUUUGAGUAUUUAUAUUCUGCAAAUGAAUCUUUUGUGUCAUACAUGUUUUUUAAGUUUCUCACUUUUGCCUUUUCACUCUGUUAAAGGUGCAUUUUGAUGAACUUAGUUUCUCCGCUUGAGAAUACUCCAGUCUUUCAUAUUGUUUUUUUCACAGUUCAUGAUUUUCUUGGUUUUCCUUAAGAAGUUUUUCCUAUUCCAAGGAAACAAAGUUCUCUUAUGCUUCUUUCCUAAAAACAUCAUUGUUUGACAUUUCAAGUUUAAACCUGCAGUAUUUCUGGUUUAAUAUUUUUGUAAUUCUGUGAGAUAGUGAUAGUGAGGUCGUGAUUAAUAUUUUUUUCCCAUAUGGGUAUUCAACUGAUCCAGAACAAGAUAAGUACCUCUUUCCCCUCUCUACUUCACUGUUUUCACACAUCAAAUCGAAGUGUCUUUUUAAUCUAAACUUUGAUCUCUAUUCUCUUCCCUUGUCCAUCCUUGAGAAAGCACUGCACUAUAUACUUAUGGUAAAUGUAAGGCUCCAAGUCUUUCACAUUAUCCUGGUUCUUCAGCUAUUAUCUUUUCCAUUAACUUUAUCUUCUAUUAUAAUUAUCUUUUGUAAUUUUUAUAAUCACCAUCUCAAUACCCAGGAAAAAAUAUAAUGCUGGUAUUUUUAUUGGGUUUGCAUUGAUACUAUAGAUCAUCUGAGAAAGUAUUCUUUGAAAUAUUGAAUCCUCAAGUCAUGAAUGGCUCAGUGGUUAAGAGCUCAGGCUGCUAACCAAAAGGUCGGCAGUUCAAAUUCAGCAGUUACUCCUUGAAAACCUUGUGGGGCAGUUCUCUGUCCUAGGGUCACAAUGAGUCUGAAGCGACUUGACAGCAGUGUUUUUUUGUUUUUUUUUUUAAUUGUGCUUUAGGUAAAAGUUUACAGCUCAAGUUAAUUUCUCAGACAAAAAUUUGUACACAUACUGCUCUGUAACACUAGUGGCAGUCCUAUAAUGUGACAGCAUGCUCCCCCAUUCCUGCAUCCAUUCAAUCAGUUCCUAUUCCCUUCUGUCUUCUCAUCCUGCCUCCAGACAGGAGCAGCCCAUUUAGUUUUGUGAUCUACUUGAACCAAGAAGCACACUCUUUAUGAGUAUUAUUUUAUAGUCCAAUCUAAUCUUUGUCUGCAGAGUUGGCUUUGGGAAUGGUUUUAGUUCUGGUUUAACCGAGUGUCUGGGGGCCAUGUCUUCAAGGGUUCCUCUAGUCUCAGUGAGACCAUUAAGUCUGGUCUUUUUACAUCAAUUUGAGUUCUGCAUCACACUUUUCUCCUGCUCCUUCAGGGGCUCUGUUGUGUUCCCUGUCAGGGGGCUCACUGAGGUUUUUUGUUUGGUUGGUUGGUUAAGUCAUGAAUAUUACUAUUUAUUUUUAAUAAUUUAUAUGUGGGGAAUAAUAAAUGUCGAUCCCCAUGUAAUCAACUGUUCAUAACAAGAGUUCAAAAGACGAAUGAUUACCAGCUAAGGUGGCAGAAGGAAAUUGAUGGGUCUUGCUUAAAGGGUACAGAGUUUUUUUAAGGGUAAUGGGAAAAAUUUGGAAACAUGAAUUUUUCUUAGGAGAUGAUGAAAAUGCAAAAAAAAAAAAAAAUGAGUAAAAAUUUAUAACCUCUUGGAUAGUGUAUGGAAAGUUGGGGAUACUUGUCCUCUCUUGGUAGGUGAUUGAAAUAGGAAAACUGUUAGGAAGAAAAUCUGCCAUUAUAUGAUCACAAUUUUAAAUGUCCUUUUUUUUUCCCCCCCACUUUUUAACUUUCAUUUGACAUUAUUUUAAAUAAUCAGGAGAGUAAAAGGAUUCACAUUCCACGCCUGACCCAUUUAUGUAUAUUUUAUUUAACAAGUAAAUACUUGAGAUUAACAGGAGCCAAGUUUCUCACUAUUGGAUAAUGGAGCUACUAACAUAGAAAGGAGCAUGCUAGAUUGGGAUUGAAUGUAUCAUGAAAGAUAUGUUGUUGUUUGUUGCUAGGUCUCAUCAAGUCGAUUCCAACUCAUAGUGACUGCAUGUAUAAUGGAAUGAAACUCUGCACACUUCUCAGAGUCACUAUUUUUUGGAGUGGAUACAAAUACGGAUCUCUUUCAGUCAUGUUAACUGGUCUUCCUUGUAUAUACAUGGAUAUUACCCUAUCACUGACAGGACUGUAUUUCAGGAUAAGAAACCCAAAACCCACUGCUGUAGAUUCCAACUCAUAGCGACCCUAUAGGACAGAGUAGAACUGCCCCAUGGAGUUUCCGAGGAGCACCUGGCAGAUUCGAACUGCCGACCUUUUGGUUAGCAGCCAUAGCACUUAACCACUACGCCACCAGGGUUUCCGUAUUUCAGGAUAGAUCUUGAAAAAAAUUUUUUUUUUGUCGAAUGCAAUGCCAUUCUUCUUCAAUUUGUUUUUUCUAACGUAGUAGACUACAUGAUUGUCCAAUUCAAAAUGGCCAAUACCAGUCAAUUUCAGCAGACUAGUGCCUAAGAUACUGAUCUUUAAGCAUUCCAUUUCAUUUUUGACAACUUCCAGUUUUCCUUGGUAUUCUUUCUGCAUUCCACGUUCUGAUUAUUAAUGGGUGCUUGCACCUGUUUCUUCUCAUUUUGAGUCAUGCCACAACAAAUGAAGGUCCUGAAAGUUUUACUCCAUGCAUGUCAUUAAGGCCGAUUGUACUUUGAUGAGGCACCUCUUCCCCAGUUGUAUUUUGAGUACUGGCACAUAAUGAAAGAUACAUAACUACAGGUACACGUGUGUCUGUAUAUAUGUGUGGGUGUAUGUAUCUGUGUGCACGUGUGUAUGCAGGUAGUUCUCAACUUACGAUGGAGUUCCAUUCCGAUAAUUCCAUCAUAAGUUGGUUCUGACAUAACUUGAAUACAUCUUUUUUUAGUUCUCAUUGCCUUUUUAAAAUCCGUAUCUUUAUAAAUCCUAUAUUUGUCUUUAGAGGUUGGAAACAUUACAUAUAAAGUUACAGAUACAUUUUAAUACAUACGUACAUAAAAAAUACACAAAUCGUAAAAACUACUCCAACAGUGAAAAGUUGAACAACGUUGGCAUUUUGACAGAUGCAGUAAUUCCACUUGUGGAAAGUUCUGGAUCAUCUAGAUUAUCCCUGGGAAUAAGGAUAACGUUUCUAGUCAGAAAAUUAAUGACAGUUGUUUGUAUGGUCCUUUCCUUUUUUUUUCUUCAUAUAUUUCACUGUAACAUCUCACUGCUCCAUUAAUAAACAUCCACUAAUAAUCGGAACAUAAAAUAUACAAAGUAUUAAUCUAGGAAAAUUGGAAAUUGUAAAAAAUGAAAUGGAAUGCAUAAACAUCAAUAUCCUAGGCAUUAGUGAGCUGAAGUGGACCUGUAUAGCCCAUUUUGAAUCAACAAUCAUAUGGUCUACUAUGCCGGUAAUGACAAAUUGAAGAGGAAUGGUGUCACAUUCACUGUCAAAAAGAACAUUUCAAGAUCUAUGUUGAAGUACAAUGCUGUCUAUGACAGGAUAGCUAUACCACUACAAACAAGACCUCUCAAAUGUGUCUGUCAUUUUGUCAUACUGUGGGGGCUGCGUGUUGCUAGGAUGCUGGAAAUUAUCCCACUGAAAUUCAAAUACCAGCAGGGUCGCAUAUGACAGAGGAGGUCUCAGCUGACCUUCCAGACUAAAACAGACUAAGAAGACGAAUUCCACAGUCUACUUCUGAAAAGAAUUAAGCUAGUGAAGACCUUAUGAAUAGCGGUGGAACACUGAUACAGUACAGGAAGAUGACCCCCUCAGGUUGGAAGGCACUCCAAAGAUGACUGGGGGAGAGCUGUCUCCUCAAAGUAGAAUUGAUUUUAAUGAUGUGGAUGGCGUCAAGCUUUUGGGGCCUUCGUUUGCUGAUACGGUAUGACUCAAAAUGAGAAGAAACAGCUGCAAACAUCCAUUAAUAAUCAAGACAUAGAAUGUAUCAAGUAUGAAUCUAGGAAGUUGGAAAUGGUCAAAAAUGAAACGGGACACAUUAACAUCAGUGUCCUAGGCAUUCGUGAGCUGAAAUGGACCGGUAUUGGCCAUUUUAAAUCAGACAAUUUGCUGAAUGAAAACUUGAAGAGGAAUGGCAUUACAUUCAUCGUCAAAAAGAACAUUUCAAGAUCUAUCCUGAACUACAACGUUAUCAAUGAUAGGAUAAUAUCCAUACACCUACAAGGAAGACCAGUUAAUAGGACUUAUUCAAAUUUACACACCAACCACUGUCUUAGUCAUCUAGUGAUGCUAUAACAGCAAUACCACAAGUGGAUGGCUUUAAC